AUGAGCUCGACCGAAUCCCGCAGCACCCGGGUGCAAUACCAUGAUAAGGAGUACAAUGUCAUCAAAGAGGGACUUGCGCAUAUUUUGAACCCCCCUGCGCAGGAAGCCGCCUCCAAGGGAACGAAAAAAGAUCUGAAGGCUGAGGACGAGUCUCAGGCUGUUUUUUAUAACCCGAUUCAGCAGUUCAACCGUGACCUCAGUGUGCUGGCCAUUCGCGCUUUUGGAGAACAUACUCUGGAAUUGAAGCAACAAAAAGAGGCCCAGAAGCUCAAGAAGCGCAAAGCGGGGAAUGCGACUGACAACGACAAAAAGCGGAAGCGCGAGGACGAUGCGGAAGAACCAGCAUCCAAGCGGGUGGAGGGAGAGAAUGAGGUAAAGUCGGAGGCCACGGUGGAGAAGCCAAGUUCUGCUGUACCAGCAGAGAAGCAGGACGCGCCAUCUGAUGCAUCUUCUUCGCCGGCGUUCACCGUCCUGGAUGCCCUGUCUGCCACAGGCCUACGUGCUCUUCGGUACGCCUCAGAGCUACCAAUGGUCUCCAAGGUGGUGGCGAAUGAUCUGUCACCCUCUGCGAUCAACUCGAUGAAGAUAAAUAUCGAAUACAACAAGCUUGAAUCUCGCAUUCAACCCAACCUCGGCGAUGCGCGGGCAUAUAUGUACGGGCUGCCCUCGGUCCAGAAGUUUGACGUUAUCGAUUUGGAUCCGUAUGGAACUGCUGCGCCAUUUUUGGAUGGAGCAGUUCAGGGUGUGAAGGAUGGUGGUCUUCUCUGCGUAACUUGCACCGAUGCUAGUAUCUGGGCCUCGACCGGUUAUGCGGAGAAGUGCUUUUCCUUGUAUGGCGGCAUGCCGAUGAAAGGCUCCCAUUCGCAUGAGGGUGGACUACGACUGAUUCUCAACAGUCUGGCUAUGUCGGCGGGCAAGUAUGGCCUGGCCAUUGAACCACUGCUUUCACUUUCCAUCGAUUUCUAUGCUCGCGUGUUUGUGCGCGUGUACCGCUCCCCAGCGCAGGUGAAGUUCCUUGGUGCCAACACGAUGCUCGUUUACAACUGUGAUUCGGGCUGCGGCGCCUGGUCGACCCAGCCAAUCGCCUCGCUGAAGCAGAAGCUCAACCGCAAGGGCAACACGUUGCACCACCAUGGAUUGGCCCAGGGGCCCACUUCUAACACGAACUGCGAACACUGUGGUUUCAAGACACAUAUUGCUGGCCCUAUGUGGGCCGGACCACUGCAUAACCCGCAUUUCAUUCAGAAAAUUCUGGGCCUUCUUCCUAAACUCGACCCCAAUACAUAUGAAACCAUUCCGCGAAUUGAGGGUAUGUUGACCACGGCCCUAGAGGAAGAUUUGGACCUCACCCUAUGCUCCUCGAACGCCCCUAAGCCGGAGGCCACCGAGACAAAUGACCAACCCGAGUAUCCGGCCAUUAUCCCACGGAUGGACCCGACUCGUCGAGACCCAUAUCCCUUCUACGUGACUCUUGGCACCCUUUCAAAAGUCUUGCAUUGUUCCACCGCUCCAAUCGAUGAAUUCCGCGGAGCUCUCCAUUCCAUUGGUUACCGCUCUACACGCAGCCAUGCCAAACCCAAUACGGUCCGCACCGACGCACCGUGGAGUGUCGUCUGGGAGGUUAUGCGUGAGUGGAUCCGUCAAGAGAGCCCUAUCAAGGAACUGAAGCCGGGCACCCCCGGCGCCGCCAUCAUGGCCAAGAGCCGUGAGAAUCUACGCAAGCUCUCCGAUGGCGACCAAUGGCUAUCACUGCUGAAGCAGGAUAUUUUAUCCGCCGUGGAGUCUGGUCGCGAUGUCAGUGACCUGGUCACCAAGGUGGAGGCUUCUCUCUACCGUUCUAGCUCUCGACAAGGCUGGAAACCCUCAGAGACUUCAAAUACCAUCCCCGAGCCCGAAUCUGAGCCUGCACCUGCCCAAGAGAAGGAAAAGUCUGCCACUCAGACUUCCGAGCGCCCUCAUCCCAGCACUCUUGACGUCAAAUUUGAUCCAGCUCUGGGUCGUGAGGCCUCAGCUGCGCACUCUAAGAAGCGUCUGGUUCGGUAUCAACUCAACCCUCGUGCAAAUUGGGGACCGUUGAAUCGUGCAUCGGUGACCAACUGA